AUGCCGGUUAUCUUAAAGAUAACCAGCAAUAGAAUACUAAGGAACUUAGCAAACAGAAGAAAAAUCUGGCAUGACGGGAAACUACCUGGAUUUGCAAUUAAAUGGUUCCUAGGAACCCAAUUCCUUCUGUAUAGGAGAAAAGGUAGAAAUGGGACCAUUCCCAAAGAAUCCAUGAUCAGUGCUGUUUUAAUUAACAAGAGCAUGAGAAAAGCACUGAAAGGAAGAGAGAUCAAAGUGGAUUUGCCCUGCCAAGGAAAUGGACAAGACAGUUCACUGUGGCACAUACACCUUGGUAUCCACCGUCUGGGACAUCACCAUGGACAGCCUUGUGAUAAUGUCCAAAACCGGACUGAACAUAGCAUGUGGUCUUGUGAAGAGUCAUUAGACAGCUCUGAACCGGCCAUUGCGUUCUCCAUCAAUGAGGAAAAUUCACGCCCUCCUGAAGAGACAGUCAGUUCCGACUCAACUCGGACCUCAGUAACUUCCAUUUGGGAUUAUUCCAGCCUCAACAUCUCAGCUUCAAAACCAGUACCUAGCAAGCUAUCUUAUUACCCUUUCCCUCAGAAGAAAAAUCCCAAGUUUCUGAAGCUGCAAGGAAACUUGGGUUAUACGUCUCCCAUUGAGAAUUUUAUAAGAGAAGACAGUGGUAGGCCUAUCGCUACAGCUAAAGUAGACACAGCAAGCUUCUUUUUGCCUCGUGCACUGGCAUAAUUUUCCAUGAAAUAUACAGGUAGCGUUUCUGUUCCUGUGGACGUGACAACUGAUAUACUGUUUAGAAUCAAUGUUUCUGUAAGGCAGAAUGUUUCCCAACCUUGGCCACUUUAAGAGGAGUGGACUUCAAUGCCCAGAACUCCUCCCCACCCAUACUGGCUGAGGGUGUCUGGGAAUUGAAGUCCAUCUCUUUUAAAGUGUCAAAGAUUAGGAAUCAUUGCUAUAGGACAGAGAUAUCAAACUUGAUUUAAUUGAGGGCCUCAUUAAGGUUGUGUUUGACCUCAGGUGGAGUGGCGUGGCCAGGGUGGGCAUGGCCAGCUCAACAUUACGCUUGCCAGGGGCGUAUGUGGCAUAUGUGGCAGCCUGAGUGCUCUGCCAGUGAAAACGGGCUCCCAAGUUCCGUUUUCAGCUGGGACAGCCUCCUGCAAUCCUCUGCCAG